GGAGGCAGCAGCAUGAAUGGGGGCCACUGUGGAGCGCCUGGUGCCAGGAGCCCUGUGCUCUCAUCCUGCUCCCCACAGAAGAUGUGCUCCUGGAUGCUGAGCUGUUGCUUAGCCCUUCAACACCUGGCCGUGCAGGCCUCCUUGCUCUGCAUCUUCCACCUCCUCCUGCUGCCCACCCUGCCCGAGGAGCCAUCCCAUGCCCAGGCCACCAGUGAGCUACUGGCACGCAGCCUCUUUGCCUGUGGCAUCUCCACGGUGCUGCAGACCACCCUGGGGAGCCGGCUGCCACUAGUUCAAAUUCCAUCCUUUGAGUACCUGGUCCCUGCCAUGGUGCUGAGCUCCCACCUGUCCCUCACUGCCAGCACGGACAGGAACGGCACAGCUGUUGCCAGUGUGUGCCCUGCACCGCACUGCACCAUUGUAGGGAGCUGGGCUGCCUCGCUGCGAGAGGUCUCUGGAGCUGUGCUGGUCUCUGGACUGGUUCAGCUGGCACUGGGAGUGUCUGGCGUGUGCGGGUGGGCAGCCCGGCACUGUGGGCCCAUGGUCCUGGCCCCCAGCCUCUCCAUCAUCGGGCUGUCCGCAUACAAGGAGGCCGCUUUCUUCUGCUCCACUAACUGGGGGGUAGCGCUGCUGCUCAUGCUCCUUGCUGUCACCUUCUCCCAGCACCUGGGGUCCUGCCGCCUGCCCUUCUGCGCCUGGCCCCAGGCUUGGGGCAGCUCCAUCGAGCCAUCUGUCCCCACCCUGCGCACAUUCUCGGUACUGCUCCCGUUUGCUGGUGUCUGCAUCGUCUGUGCCAUCCUCAGCCACCUCCACGUCCCCUGGGAAUCACUGGACCUGGCCAUGGCACAGCUGUCCUGGGCCAACAGCACCUUCCAUGCCCCUUGGGUCCACAUACCCUACGCAGGCGAGUGGGGGUGGCCGCUGCUCACCCCCCAGGCGCUGGCAGUGGGCAUCGCCAUGGCCAUUGGCUGCAGCAUGAACUCGGUGGGCUGCUAUGUGCUGUGCGGCAGGCUGCUGCGAGCCCCCCGGCUGCCCCCCGAAGCCUGCAACCGGGGGCUCUGCACAGAAGGGCUGGGCAGCCUCCUGGCAGGGCUGCUGGGCACCCCGGGGGGUACGGCCGCCAGCAUCGCCAACACCUGCACCACCGGCCUCACGCAGGUUGGCUCUCGCCUCUCGGUGCAAGUAAGCGCACUGGUGUGCGUGGUGCUGGGCAUGUCCCCGAGGCUGGCAGGGUUCCUCACCCGCAUCCCGCUGGCGGUUCAUGGAGGGGUGCUCUGUGUCACCUAUGCUGUGGCUGUGGGCACGGGGAUCUCCUACUUCCAGUACGCGGACAUCGACUCGGGGAGGAACAUCUUCAUCGUCGGCUUCACCAUGUUCGUGGCGCUGCUGGUGCCGCGGUGGUUCGGCGCGGGUCCGGCUCACCUGGCCACAGGCUGGGUGCCCCUGGACCUCCUCUUCCUUUCCCUGCUCAUGGUGCCUGUCUUCUUAACUGGCUUCUUGUCAUUUUUCCUGGAGAACACAGUCUCAGGAACCCUGGAGGAGCGAGGGCUGCUCUCGGAGCUGGCACCACAGAAAGCUGGGGCAGGCGAUCACCAGCCCUAUGGAGCGAGGGGUGAAGCCAGCCAGGCAUAUGGGCUCCCUGCCGGGCUGAGGGGGCUGCUGCCAUCCUCCUGCAAAGCCUUCCCCUGCUGCUUCCUCUGCCCGGGGAGUGAGGAAGAGAAGGAGGAGGAAGAGGAGGAGGGCAGCCGUGCCACUGAGGAGGGGACCGCUCCCCCAGGGGAAGGCACGCACCUGCUCCCCAAACCCGGCUCCGGGGAGCCGCAGCUGUCCAGGAGGCCGAGCGAGACGGAGAUGCCCACAUGGCACACUGUGGCCUGACCCCACGGUGCGGGGACACCUCAUGGGGGACUGGAGCUGUGCCCCCAAGGCAGCUUGUGAGCCACUUUGCUCCUUGUUUCUGAAGCCCAGGUGGACUGGAGGGACCUGCGCUUCCACACUCCCAGCAUGAACCUCAUUUCCCUGCUUGGGAGAGAGCUAUAAAAACCUUCAACCAA